CGUAUUCUCACGUUCAGAAGAUAAACAAGAUACCAUGGCUUCUGGUGUAACGUGCAACGAUUUUUGCACGCAUAAUAAUGUUUAGUCCAUCUUUACACGUGAUCUAAACCGUAUCGCAAAUACACUGUGGUGAUUUUGUCUAAACUACUAAUGAUAUAGUGUUUUAAAGAGAAAUGUCGCAAGUGACCACCCAGACAUCUGUGAUAGAACAUUACAGCAGCAAGUGGAAACUCAACCAAUCCAAUGGACGAUGUACAAAAACUGUAACAAACAUCUCAUUGAAACAAAGUCCGUACGAUGAGUUGAGGCCAAAAAAUGAGCCAAAAUUCAUGUUACAUGUCAGAAAUUGGGAGAAAAAAUCAGGAUUUGUCACGCCAAUACGGUGGAAGGAGACUGCACUGAUUUCUCUGUUCCACAUAGUGUCCGUCGUCUGGUUUUCAUACACAGUUUGUUUUAUACAUACACCUAAAUGGCAAAGCAUAGUUUUUGCAUUCUUGAUGGGACAGAUUGCUGGUUUCGGUGUGACGGCCGGCGCACAUCGGUAUUGGUGCCAUCGGUCAUACAAAGCGAAAUGGCCUUUACAAAUCAUUUUACUAAUUUGUUACUCUGUGGCAGGACAGAACACAAUUUACAACUGGGUGCGCGACCACAGAGUCCACCACAAGUUUUCUGAAACAUCAGCUGAUCCACACGAUGCUCGCCGCGGAUUCUUCUUCUCACACGUCGGCUGGCUCAUGAUGAAGAAACACCCAGACGUUCUCAAGGAAGGCGCCAAAGUUGAUAUGAGCGACAUCUUAAAUGACCCCUUCGUACAUUUUCAUACCAAAUACUUCAAUCUAUUCAAAAUGAUCUGGUGUUUCCUGCUACCGACUGUUGUGCCCGUAGCAGCGUGGAAUGAAUCUUGGGAUCUAGCGAUCCUUUCUCAACCUCUCCUGCGUUAUAUGUUCAGCCUAAACUUCACUUGGUCUGUCAACAGCUUCGCGCAUCUAUGGGGAAAUAAGCCGUACGACCGGAACAUCAUGCCAGUCGAAAAUUGGGGUGUUUCAAUAGUAGCAAUGGGCGAAGGUUGGCACAACUAUCACCACACGUUCCCAUGGGACUACAAGGCUGCUGAGCUGGCUUAUUCGCUCAAUUUGACCACGUUGGUGCUAGACAUGUUUGCAAGCAUUGGCUGGGUAUACGAUCUGAAAGUGGCUUCACCCUCCCUGAUCAACACAGUCGCAAAAAACAGAGGUGAUGGAAGCAAAGUAUUCCGUUCUUGAUAACUAAGUACUAAUAAUAUAAAUUAAGGAUAGUGUAAGUGUCCCUGGAUUGAAGCAAACGAGUGUAGACUGAUAUGUGAUUUCCUCAAAUCGAAAGAGUGAAAUAUGUUAUUUUAUUGAAUUGUAUUUUAGAUGGAGAUCUACCAUCAUAUAUUUAUAGCUACAUAACAUAGGUAGUUAAGUUUUAAGUGUAUUUGUAUAGGUACUUAAUGUUUUGUAAAUUACAUGUAUUAGAUC